UAAAGGGUUCUUAACUUUAAUGAUCCAAUAAAUCCUCAGAACCCUGUCAGAACAUUUCCUUUUACAGACUGUUCUUCAUGCUUGGAUUUAAUCUCAAAAAUCAGAAAAAUCUUUUAAUGUUCUGUGUAGAACCCUGCAGCUGAAUGGUUCCCCAUGAGAACAGAUGUGUUAUAACAGUGUUAUAACAGUGUUAUAAAACAUUAGAACCUCUUUGGGACCCGUAAUGAUCUAAUAAAACCUUGAAAAAGUGCAUUUCAGGAACCUUUUUUUUGAGAUUCGACCUUGUACAUUUUAACACGAGGUGUUAAAGGGUUCCUUUAUGAUUUCAAACCUUUAACCUGUCCAGAGGAUCGUUCCAGGUACGAGCUUAGAACGUGUGAGAACCCUUUUUUAACAGAAUGUGUUAAUGUUUGGAUUUGAGACAUUCGCGGAACCGACAGCUGAGAUCAGAGAGGGUUCCAUAAUCAAUAAGAACCUGUUGGAUUUUAAGAACCGAGAUGAAGAACCGAGCUUUCCUUUAAAGUUCUAUACAAAAAAAAAGAAGUCUUCAGUCUGUCAGUCAGAGCAAAACGUUGCUAUAGAAACGCUGAUGAUGAUGUAACACCACAGCACUGCUAUAAUAAAUACAUUUUAAAAAGACUGUAGAGUUCUUCUUCUUUUUCUCUUUCUAAAACCCUCCAGGAGUUUUUCUAAAAGUAUUGGCACCCCUUUGCUGUUUUACGUGCUCGGGUUCUUCAACGUUCUCACUUCUGAUGUCCGUUAAGGAUUUAUUUACAGAUUUACGGAUACAGAUUUUUUCCCCGAUGGUCUAGCAGAUCGGUGCUUCUUUCCAGAUGAAUAGAAAUGUGGUUGUGAUGAAAUAUUCAUGUGUAACCUGCAGACAUUUUGUUCUCCGUGUCAACAAACAGUGUCUCGUCAUUAUUCAUUCCCAUUGUCAGAGUUUGGUGAUGACCUCCCUGUUUCUCCUGCUUUUCUUCUUCUUGUGUCAGUGACAAGCUGUUGCCUGGUCCCUCUGCGCCAGUCCCUCCCUCCAUCUCUCUCUCUCUCUCUCUCUCUCUCUCUCUCUCCUCUCCACCUGUUGAUGUUAUUGUUAUCCCUAUGGCAUUGUGCCUUCUCUCUCUUCCUCCACGCCCCUUCUCUCCUCCUGAGGGUAUAUAAAGAGAGAGAGUUCACACACACUUCACUCACACACUCACUCACACACUUCACUCACACACACACACACACACGCUUCAGCACUGCAGACUCAGCAGAGAUGUCCGUCUCUCUCUGGUGUGAGGAAGAAUCAGCGAGCUCUGGAACAUCGGUCCGAGCGUCCUUUGACCCCAACGCGUCGGGGCUCAGGGUCAUCGAGAGGCUGCUGCACUCUGAGGAGAGAUACAUCCCAUCUCCACUCUACAUCUCCCUUGUUCAGAGAGAACCCAAACGCAGGGAGGAACUCGCCAAGUGGACGCUCGAGGUGUGUUGUGAUUGCGGAUGUGACGAAGCCGUGUUUCCUCUCGCCGUCUCUCUGCUGGAUCGGUUCUUGUCCUCCACUCUGUCUCUGUCCAUCUCUCCCACGUGCCUCGCCGCCGCCUGCGUCCUCGUGGCGUCCAAACUAACGGAGAGCGAGACGGUCACUGCGCAUGCGCUGUGCGCUUCAGCCGACUACGAGUUCCUCUCGUCGGACCUGCGCGACAUGGAGCGUGUGGUGUUGGGAACGCUGCGCUGGGAUGUAGCUGGUGUCACCCCUCAGGACUUCUUCCCUCACUUCCUGUGGUGUUUGGAGGAGCUCAUGGGGGACAACGAGGACGCUGCCGACUUCAUCUCCACACUCAGACGUCACGGAGACACGCUGGCCGCCAUGUGCGUGUGCGACUCUCGCUUCCUGGGCACUCGUCCAUCUCUGGUGGCUGCUGCUGCCCUCAACUCCGCUCUCAGGGGUCUGGAGGCCAAGAGGAGGUGUGAGUUGAGUCACAUGACCUGCACGCUGGCCACACUGUGUUGCAGUGACCCGGCUGUGCUGCAGUGUUACAGCGAGCUGAUAGAUGAUGCUCUGAGAGAACGACUGAGGAACAGCAGAGAACACGAGAAGAACGGAGAGAUGGAGGACGAGAGAUCGAGCACGCCAACCGACCUGAGAGAAAUAGACUUUUGAAACAAAAUACAAAGCAAAUUGGCAAACGCACAUCUUCAUCAUCAUCAUCAUCAUCAUCAUCAGUGAAACUGGUGUAAACGCUGCAUCAAAAUGUUUCUUAAUGAUUUUAUUUAUUUAAUUUAAUAAUUAUUCUAAUUUAUUUUUUCCCUCAUUUCAGGUGUUUACUUGUUUAUCGUGAUUUGUUCUUUUGUCCUCAUUUGGUUCCGAUCGUGUGCAAUUUUGAAUUUCUAUCUGACGUUAUGUAUCGUUACGUUAUGUACUGUUAAUUUAUUAACUUUAAUAAUCUUUAUUAAUUAU